GGACAAGCUGUUAUAUUUUGGCUCGACAGCUGAUGUGAUCUCCACGUGUUUCUUUCUUUCUUGCGGUGAAAUCAUGAAAUGCGUGCAGACGCCUAAUGAGUCAUUUCAAUUUGAUAUUUGGCAAGCUCUGCGUGUGUAAUCUCUAUCUCUGCAUCUCAAUUGCCAAAUGAAAGAAAGCUAUAUUUAAUCUUUAGUCAGCGAGAAGAGACUGACUCGUUCACUUUUUUCACGAACAAGACGCAGAACAGACUUCCCCUUUUCUUAUUCAUUACACACCACCAACCCUUUUUAAUUCAUUUCUUGAUUUAGUUUUUACACUAUAUAAGUGUAUCACUCAAGUCCUUGUUCAAUUAGAAAAUGGGGACUUCUCCUGGGAAGAAAGUUUUGCUCACCUCCAAUGGGGAUGCCAUUUCACACAAUAUUGCCUUCUCUUUGGCCCAGCGGGGAUGCAGGCUGGUCUUGAUGGGAAAGGAGAGCUGUCUGCGGAGCAUUCAACAGAAAAUAAAGGGCUCAUUGGAGGGUGUCGUGCCAGUUGAGGUGGUUGAUGUAGACAUGGAGGACAAGAGAGAAGGAGCUUUUGAUGAGGCAGUGGAUAAGGCAUGCCACAUUUUGGGCAAUUUGGAUGCCUUUGUGCAUUGCUAUACUUAUGAAGGGAAAAUGCAGGAGCAUCUAGAAUUAGCUGAAGAUGAGUUUAAAAAGAUAAUGAAGAGAAACUUUAUGUCUGCAUGGUUUCUGUUAAAUGCUGUUGGCAGAAGAAUGCGAGAUUAUAAGUCAGGAGGUUCCAUCAUAUUUUUGACCUCGAUAAUUGGAGCUGAAAGAGGGAUUUAUCCAGGAGCUGCUGCCAACAGUGCAUGCUCGGCAGCCGUGCAGCAGUUAGCUAGGACAUCGGCUUUGGAGAUUGGUAGAUACCAGAUUAGGGUCAAUGCAAUUGCCCGUGGUUUGCACCUAGAAGAUGAAUAUCCAAUGUUUGUGGGUAUGGAGAGAGCAAAAAAGUUGGUGAAGGAGGCAGCUCCAUUGCAGAGAUGGCUUGAUGUUAAAAACGAUCUAGCUUCAACUGUCAUAUAUUUAAUCAGUGAUGGGUCAAAGUACAUGACAGGCACAACCAUAUUUGUUGAUGGGGGGCAGUCUUUGACGAGACCUCGGAUGCGCUCUUAUAUGUGAUUCUUCUUGCUAUUAUAUUUUGACCGGCCAUUAGUUGAUUAGGUCUGCACAUUUCAGAUAAACUUUCAUUGUCAAAUUCUCUUCCUUAUGAAUCACAAAAAUUGAAUCAGUUCCCUUACAAAAAGAUGGGCAUAACUUCCUGCAUGAAAUGAUAUUUUCAUGAUCUGUUGGUUUGAUAGAAUAUAUGCGUUGAGAA